AUGAUUGUCAAAUAGGCUAUUUCAACAGCAGUUUUUUUCUUAAAUGGAAGAAUUGAUUCAGAUUGGUUGUCAGUGUUUAUAUCGUUCAUCAGCUGGGGAAAAGGUUUUUUUUUCUUAAAAUGUAUAGUUGUGUCAUCUUUACCGUUAGUUCUCUGCAUUGUUAAAUAAGAGCACUCUCUGUAUUUUAAUGUAAAUGUUCUGUGUGCAUUGUUUGUGAAGCGUUUAAUUCAUUCCUCCACACAGUAAUACAGUUUUCAUGGGUACAAGAAAAUACAGUUUAUUUUGUAUUUUGGGGUAAUUUGUAUUGUUAAAUGGUCUCUCUGAAGGCUAAGCGCCCUAAAGAUGAAAUCCUAGAACCGUCCCUGCAUAACUGAUAGAUAGGUAGUGAAAAGAGAGAGGGAAAAAAGAUGCAUUACUUUCAUAAUCCUGUGAAACAUUUAUUUGGCUGUUACGGUUAAUAAAGCAUCUCAUAUAAUCUCUCCAUGUUCCCUUAUGAGUCCUGAACAAAAGACGUAAAUCAUAGGUCUUGUAGCCAUGGAUCAAGUGUAAUAUUGCCCAAACAUUUAAAUAUUAACGUAAUCGUUAAUUCUUGGUCACCUUUUUAUGAUAGAAAUAAAUUAUAGUCAUAGCUUUCUGUCUAUAGCUACAACUGCUAUUUGUAAAUACAGUAAAGUAUUUUACUUUUUUUAUAUUAAAUUCAUUACUAUUUAGUUUGUUUGUUGUUCACACAUCCCUAAUAUCUGAUGGCGGGAGCACGACGAUGCUCACAGGCCCUGAAAAGGUUACAUAUAGAAACAUUUUGUACAUCAUUUCCAUGAUUUCUAAUGAAAUAAGAAUUUUGAAUAGGAUAAUGAAAAUGACUUUGUUUCUCCUUAUUCAUCAGAAGAAACCGCAUCUUCCCUCUCUCAUUUCUGCUCCCCGUCUCAAGAAAGAACAUGUUUCCUUUUCAUCUCUUCUCGUCUAACCUCUGCAGAUGUGCCGCUGGUUAGAUCUCGACUUUGAUUUUUACUUCAAGGUGUAGGUGUUAAAAUGGCUUUAGCAGCAGAACGUAGAAAUCUAGAAUCUGAUCGUCCUAACAUGAGAGAUCUGAGGAUUGUGCUGAUAGGAAAGAAUGAAUCCGAAAACAGCAGAGUGGGAAACACUUUACUGGGUACAGAAGCAUUCCACAGUACAUCUGCAUCUUAUUUUCAGCAGCACUGUAAGAGAAUCAGUGGAGCUGUAGAAGGGAGACACAUCACAGUCAUCAACACUCACCUGCUCCAGCCCAAUCUCCCACAACAUCUGAUAAUACAAAGAGUGAGAGAGUGUGUGUCUCUGUCUGCUCCGGGACCUCAUGUGAUAGCGCUCAUACUGCAGAGCAAGGACUUCAACAAAGAGGACAGACAGAGAGUGAAAAUUGUGCUAAACCUCUUCAGUAACCAGGCCAUGAACCACACUAUAGUGUUGACUAAUGAUGAAGAGACACGCGGAUCAAUAUUCAUUUCUAGGAACAAAGCCAUUCAUAAUUUAAUAAAGGAGUGUAAAGGAAGACAUUUUAGGUUUGUUACAAUAAACCUCGGACAACGCUCUGAGAUGUUCAGAAGGAUAGAGAAGAUGAUCAAAGAAGAACACAAAGAAUAUCUUAUCUGCAACAUGUAUGAGGAUACAGGUGAUAUCUCAGUGAUGCCUACUGGAAAAGCAAAGCUGAACAUUGUGCUGUGUGGAAAUGAUUCAACACUAAAGAGUUUUGCAUCUAGAAUGUUUAGAGGAACAAUGAUUAAACCAAUGAAUAAACUUUUACCGCAGGCAGAGAUGAGUAAAGUGUGUCAGAAGAGAGAGGGAAUGAUUCAUGGACGUCAGGUCAGUGUACUAGAGCUUCCAGUUCUCACUCAGCUCUCGGAGGAGGAAGUGAUGCGGGAGACUUACCGCUGUUUGUUUCUUUGUGAUCCUGGAGUUCAUCAUUUUAUCUUUAUUAUUCCUGUCACUCCACUUACUAAUGCAGACAGAGCAGAAAUGGAGAAGAUUAAAGGAAUAUUUAAUUCUUAUGAGCACUUCAUGGUGCUUUUCAUUACUGAUCUCACUGUUGACCAAAGUGUGAUAGAUUUUGUAGAAUCCACAGAAUCUCUGAGGAUUGUAAGUCUCUAUGGGAGUUGGUACGAUGUGGUGGGCUUGAAGGACCAGAGAAACUCCAGACAGAUCUCAGACCUGCUUAAUUGUAUAGAGAGCAUGAAGACUGAACCCUAUUCUCUUCAGACGCAUAUGAGAGCUCCAGAGAAGAGAGUCAGACAUGAACUAGAGGAGAAACUAAGAGUGAAAGACAAUGAAAUUAAAGAGUUACAGCAAAAGAUCAAGACACUGGGUCAGUAGGAUUUUUGGAUUUGCACCACACCCUUUCUGCAGUCCAGCAUUUUGGACCAUGCUCAUGGAGAACAUCAGAGAGCCAUCAGAAGACAUGGAACAGAGUGGCCAGGAAGAGAGGGGGAAGACAGUGUCUAAACAAAAGAUGAGAACUGUUUAAGGGGAGGAAGCAACGAUGAAACCAUAUCAGAUAGGUGAUAGGGUAAGAGUGAGGACAUGUCCUUCAUUCUUUUUAAGGCAGUUCACCAUGCAUUUUUUUUAAUCAUCACCACUAACACUGCACUGAGAUUGGAAAUUCAGUGUGAUAGACAACUGAAUAUAAGCAACAGAAAUAUUACUAUGUUGCUGAAUGUGAUUUUUGUAAAUACUCACAGUAGCGUCAGUCCUUAAAAAAAGCCCUUUGGCAAGUAUUACAGCUUGUAAAUGCUUUUUGCAGCCAGACUGCAGUAAUUAUGACAUGAUGUAACUGCAAUAUUAUUUU